CCUCACGAGGCUCCGCCUCUCCCGCGGGGCGGUGUCGGCGCUGCAGUGAAGCAUCCUAAACAGCAUCAGAACCAGGACCAGACUGCAGAACUCAGCAGACCCGGAACCAAACCGAGCCGCGGAGCAGCAGGACAGCAGGUUUUGGGUCAGGAUGUUCGCUGGCGUGUCAGAACGGAUCCAGAAAGACCGGGACCGAGCCGGAGGUCUGGGGUCUGUCCAGCAGGCGGUCCAGUACCUGAAACAGAACUUCCAGGRCCUGAAGGAGGAGUGUCUGCUGAACAGAACCCUGUUCCAGGACCCAGUGUUCCCAGCAGAACCAGCCUCGCUGGGCUUCAAAGAACUCGGAUCAAACAGCUCCAAGACCAGAGGGGUGCAGUGGAAAAGACCCACGGAGACUGCUGGCUGCUGGCUGCUAUCGGCUCUCUGACUCUGAACGAACGGCUGCUGCAUCGAGUGGUACCUCACGGCCAGAGCUUCAACAACCAAUAUGCUGGCAUUUUUCACUUCCAGUUCUGGCAGUUCGGGGAGUGGGUGGACGUGGUGAUCGAUGACCGGCUGCCGGUCAAAGACGGGGAGYUGCUSUUUGUUCAUUCUGCAGAGGGAAGUGAGUUCUGGAGUGCCCUGCUGGAGAAGGCUUAUGCCAAGCUGAAUGGAUCCUAUGAGGCACUGUCCGGCGGCAGCACCAYUGAAGGCUUUGAGGAUUUCACAGGUGGUGUGUCAGAGAUGUACGAGCUGAAGAAGGCUCCCAGAGAUCUUCAUCGGAUCAUCAGCAAAGCUCUGGAAAGAGGAUCCCUGCUGGGCUGCUCCAUCGACAUCACCAACGCCUUCGACAUGGAAGCUGUCACCUUCAAGAAGCUGGUGAAAGGUCACGCCUACUCCGUGACAGGACUCAGAGACGUGGAGUACCGGGGCCAGCAGGAGCGUCUGAUCCGGAUCAGGAAUCCCUGGGGUCAGGUGGAGUGGACUGGAGCCUGGAGCGACAGCUCCUCUGAGUGGAACCAUGUGGACUCUGCAGAGAAGGACGAGUUGCUGUGUAAGAUGGAGGACGGCGAGUUCUGGAUGUCGUUUCAGGAGUUUCUGCGUCAGUUUUCACGUCUGGAGAUCUGCAAUCUGACUCCAGAUGCUCUGAGUCAGGACACCACCAGAUUCUGGACCACCAUGACGUUUGAGGGCAGCUGGAGGAAAGGAAGCACYGCCGGGGGCUGCAGGAACCACCCAAACACCUUCUGGAUCAACCCUCAGUAUAAGAUCUCUCUGCUGGAGGAAGACGACGACCCAGAAGAUGAAGAGGCCGCCUGCAGCUUCCUGGUGGCUCUGAUGCAGAAGGACCGCCGGUGGUACCGCCGUCAGGGACAGGACAUGCACACCAUUGGCUUUGCCAUCUAUGAGAUUCCUGAGGAGGUUAGAGGUUCCCCUAGAGUCCACAUGAAGAAGGAGUUCUUCCUGCGUCAGUCCUCCUGUGCUCGUUCUGACACCUUCAUCAACCUGAGGGAGGUGAGCGCCAGGCUCCGCCUCCCACCUGGCGAAUACCUGAUUGUCCCGUCCACAUUUGAACCCUCGAAGGAGGCGGACUUUGUCCUGAGGGUGUUCACAGAGAAACAGUGUGAGACCAGGGACAUGGAUGACACGGUGGAUGCCGACAUGGAGGACGAGGAGGACAUCUCGGAGAGGGACAUCGACAAUGCCUUCAGAUCCAUGUUCGCCCAGCUGUCUGGAGACGACAUGGAGAUCUCAGUUGGAGAACUCAGAACUGUACUCAACAGAGUUGUAUCCAAACAUGGAGAUUUGAAGACAGAUGGAUUCAGCAUGGAGUCCUGCAGGGCCAUGGUUAGCCUUUUGGAUAAAGACGGCAGUGCUCGGCUCGGUCUGCUGGAGUUUCAGACCCUUUGGAACAAGAUCAGGAAGUGGCUGGGAAUCUUUAGAGAGUUUGACCUGGAUAAGUCUGGCUGCAUGAACUCCUAUGAAAUGCGACUGGCCCUGGAGAACGGUGGAUUCAGGCUGAACAACAAGCUCUACCAGAUGCUGAUUGCUCGAUACGCCGACAACGAGAUUAUCGACUUCGACAAUUUCACCUGCUGCGUCAUCAAGCUGGAGGUCAUGUUCAGGACCUUCCAAGGGCUGGACAAAGACAGGACAGGAAUCAUUUCAGUAAACUUCCUGGAG